AUGAGGAGAUGCUUGGAGAGGCAAAUGCAAGAAUUAAAGAAAGAAGGCGUAGACGAGUUGAAGAAAAAAAGGGUGCAGCAAGAAGAUGAUGAACAAGUUGCCAUGGCAAUGGGUAUGCUCGAUCUUUCAAGUCAAGGCCGCCGCCGUGGUUCACAAGUCGGCCAUGGCUCAAACUUUGACAGACAUAGGCAUUCUCGAGUCAUGCAUGAUGUUUGCAAUUACGAUGCAUACUUCGUUCAGAAGUGUGAUGUUGCCGGGGUUUUGGGGCUUCUUCCGGAGUUAUUAUACAAAUGA